AUGGUGCCUCCUAUUGCGAUUGUUUUUAUGACUCUUUUCCUAGUAAUUUGCAUUGUUGCAGUGUUUGUCUAUUUAUGCUACCGCAGAUAUAUGAAUGGCGAGAAAACAAUUUUGGUGAACACAGAGUUGACGUUAAGUUCAGAAGGAGUGAACAAUGGAUGAGGGGAAUAUGAAGAAAAAAGAAAAGAUAUAUAU